GAGCGUUAAAGCCAAUACAUUUACAGUAAACAUCUAAACUAAUAUUUUAUAAUAAUAAUUUAAAACUAAUUAAUUAAAAUUACAAUAAACACCACAAUUAAAAAUCAUAUCAAAUGUCUUUUGACUCAAAUUUUGUGGUCAAUUAUAGUCUACUUAAUUGCGAUGAUCUUAUUAGAGUGCAAUACAUACCGACUCUGCCAAUGAUGCUCACAGAAAUGGGAACUUUAGGCACAGUCCUAAUUGUGAGCUCCGCUAUCAUAAGUGUGUUGAUUAGCCUAAUAUUUAUUGAAGGAAUGUUCAGAAUCUACCGAAACUGGUCUUUAAAGUCGUAUUGUAUAUCCGUCGCCACAAUUGCUGUCUUCCCGAUUGCAUCGCUAUGUUUUCUACUGUCACUAUUGAUGCCUCGCGCUCACGAUGUCAACACUACUACAGCCACACUCUAUCAGCCCUUAAGUUUGGUAUUGUUUUACAAAUUAGUAAUCAGUUAUUAUGGAAGAGAAGAAACACUAAAACAAACACUAGACGGCCAACUGAUGCCAUUGAAAGGACCGCCCUUUUAUCAACUUUGCAUUUGUUUUCCAACCACUUAUAUGAAUAGGAAGUUAUAUUAUUUGAUGAAAGCUUGUAUAUAUCAAUUAUUUAUGGCUCCCUGUUUCCUAUAUUUUGCUAUGGGGGUGGCCAGUAAAACGGGAGUCUAUGUGGCCGGUCAGUUUUCCUUUGAAAACGCCGCCAUAUAUAUCCUGGUGUUGGGCGGCCUUUCGUUUUGUGUGGGAAUAUACUCAUUGGAAAUAUACUAUAAGAUGACACAAACACUAUUACCCGGUUUCUACAUACGAAGCAAAUACUAUAUAUUGCAAAUGUAUUUUGUAAUAACAAGAUUUCAUGUCUUAAUAUUUGACGGUUUGGGUACCAAUGGCUUCCUUCCCUGUCGACCCCCCAUCUCAUCAUUUGUAUACGGACUUUAUUUAAGAAAUUCAUUGCUAUUAUUUGAGUCAUUAUUGCUAUCAUUGCUAUCGCGUUACAUAUUCCUGAGGUUACCGCCAAACCGUCGCUUAGAUAACUAUUGUGAAUCAAUGGCCGACUCUAUUACAUGACAAUCAAUUGUUCGCAAUGAUUACGGAACUCCCGGAGCUAUAAAUGCCAAUACCGUUGUCAAUGUUAGUCGUGUUGGCGAUGAAUCGGUCCCUGAAAUUGAUAACAGACAUAACGUCGAUACGUCCUGUCUUAACCUUAGUGUCCAAACUUUUGAUCCAAACGGUGACAAUAAUCAUAAUCAACAAUAUAUUAGAAUAGAUGGCAUCGAUACUAAUCAUACAAAAGACAUAUCAGACACUACUUG